AUGAAGGCUCCACCUAAUGGUUUCUUGCCUACUUCUGGAGAAGGGGAAAGGAAGACAAUCAAUUCAGAGUUAUGGCAUGCUUGUGCCGGACCUUUGGUUUCCUUGCCACCUGUUGGAAGUCUUGUGGUUUACUUCCCUCAAGGACACAGUGAGCAAGUUGCAGCUUCCAUGCAAAAGCAGACUGACUUCAUACCUAGUUACCCUAACCUUCCGUCCAAGUUGAUUUGCAUGCUUCACAAUGUUGCCCUGCAUGCUGAUCCUGAAACCGACGAAGUCUAUGCACAGAUGACCCUUCAACCUGUAACCAAAUAUGACAAGGAAGCAAUACUGGCAUCAGACUUUGGUCUCAAACAAAACCGUCAACCAGCCGAAUUCUUUUGCAAGACUCUAACAGCUAGUGACACAAGUACUCAUGGUGGAUUUUCUGUUCCUCGUAGAGCUGCUGAGAAAAUAUUCCCACCUUUGGAUUUUUCAAUGCAACCUCCUGCUCAGGAGCUUGUUGCUAAAGAUUUGCAUGACAAUUCAUGGGCAUUUAGACAUAUUUAUCGGGGACAACCAAAGAGACACUUAUUGACUACUGGUUGGAGUGUAUUUAUCAGCACAAAAAGACUUUUUGCCGGAGAUUCUGUUCUUUUUAUCAGAGAUGAAAAGCAGCAACUUCUUUUGGGUUUGAGGCGUGCUAAUAGACAGCAGCCAGCGCUUUCUUCAUCAGUGAUAUCCAGUGACAGUAUGCAUAUUGGCAUUUUAGCUGCUGCAGCUCAUGCUGCUGCAAAUAACAGUCCUUUUACUAUAUAUUACAAUCCAAGGGCGAGCCCCUCAGAAUUUGUUAUUCCGUUGGCCAAGUAUAACAAAGCCAUGUACGCCCAAGUUUCUCUUGGAAUGAGAUUUAGAAUGAUGUUUGAAACAGAGGAGUCUGGAGUCCGUAGAUAUAUGGGUACAGUUACUGGAAUUAGUGACUUGGAUCCUGUCCGAUGGAAAAAUUCACAAUGGCGCAAUCUUCAGAUUGGAUGGGAUGAAUCGACAGCUGGUGAACGUCCAAGCAGAGUUUCGAUUUGGGAUGUUGAGCCAGUAGUGACUCCUUUCUAUAUUUGUCCACCUCCAUUUUUCAGGCAAAAGUUCCCAAGGCAACCUGGAAUGCCAGAUGAUGAGUCUGAUGUAGAAAAUGCUUUCAAGAGAGCUAUGCCCUGGCUUGGAGACGAAUUUGGCAUGAAGGACGCCUCAAGUUCAGGCUUCCCUGGUUUGAGUUUAGUGCAGUGGAUGAGCAUGCAGCAGAAUAAUCAGUUUUCAGGUGGUCAAUCAGGAUGUUUUCCACCCAUGCUCUCAUCUAAUACUCUCCAUGGUAAUCUUAGCACCGAUGACCCAUCCAAAUUAUUAAGUUUUCAAACUCCACUUCUCUCUGCGCCAAAUCAUCAAUUUAACAAACCUAAUUUACCAAAUCAAAUCAAUCAAUUGCAACAAUCCCCAACAUCAUGGCCUCAGCAGCAGCAGCAACAACAACAACAGUUACAGCAACAACAACAGUUACAGCAGCAGCAGCAACAACAGUUACAGCAGCAACAACAGCAGCUACAGUCAUUGUCACAAAUACCAAUGAACCAGUUUCAGCAGCAGAGGCAACAGCAGUUGCCUGAAUCACAAAACCUGACACUGCUACAGCAACAAAUGACUCAGCAGCUGGGACAGCAGCCACAGAAACAUCCACAAUCGUCUCAACAAGCUAUUAUGAAUAAUGGUGUAAUUGCUUCUAACCAGAUUUCAAAUCAGUUUGCACAGCAACCGGUAACUUACGCUCAACUUCAGCAACAACAACAAUUACUCCCAGGAAAUAUCCCACUCCAGCAAAGUAUCCAAUCAGCCAGUAAGAAUACAUUCCCAAUGACAUCCUUACCACAAGACUCACAAUUUCAGCAACAGAUAGACCAACAAGCGAGUCUAUUACAAAGGCAGCAGCAACAGACACAAUUACAACAAUCCCCAUUGCAGGUAUUGCAACAAAGCCAGCAACAGAGGGUGACACCAAAUCUUCCAGUGGCUCAAAUAUCUCAACAAAACACCUCAGAGCAACAGUUGCAGCUACAGUUUUUGCACAAAUUGCAGCAGCAGCAGCAACAAUUUCUUUCGACCUCUAGCCCACUUUUACAAUCUCAGUUUCUACAACAAAAUACUCACCAACAAAGCCAGCAAUUACCACAGCUUCCUAUAUCCCAACAUCAUCCUCAACAGCUUGGCAAUAAUGCAUUUUCAACGGAGAAGCUUCUUAACAGCAACAAUCUGUCUUCUUCAUCUCUUAUGCAAUCACAACAGCUUUCUGUGAAUCAAACCCUGAAUACGCAGAAGCCACUCACAAUUACAAGAGUUCCCUCUACACUUACAGAUGGAGAGGCUCCAUCAUGCUCAACUUCGCCAUCUACAAAUAACUGCCAGAUAUCUCAACCAAACAGCCUGAAAAGAAAUCAACAAGUACCAGCUACAAUUGGCGGGAUCUUGGUAGCAGAGCCUGCCAGUAAUUUGAUACAAGACCUUCAGAGUAAGUCUGACAUGCAUAUCAAACACGAGUUCUUGAAUGUAAAAGGAUCUGACCAGCUAAAGUAUAAAGGCAUAACUACUGAUCAGCUGGAAGCUUCUUCUGGAACAUCCUACUGUAUGGAUCCUGGCAAUGUUCAGCAGAGUUUGCCACUAUCCAAUUUCUGCAUGGAAGGCGACGUCCAAUCGAACCCUAGAAACAAUCUGACAUUUGACUCUAAUCUUGAUGGUUUAAUGUCUGAUACCAUGCUUUCAAGGGGUUAUGAUUCUCAAAAAGAUCUUCAAAAUUUGUUGUCUAAUUAUGAGGGUGCUCCAAGGGACAUUGAAACCGAGCUGUCCACUGCUGACAUCAGCUCACAAUCGUUUGGAUUGCCAGACACACUUUUUAAGCCCAGUUGCUCAAAUGAUGUUGGCAUUAAUGAUACUUCUGGGGUUUUGAACAACGGCUUGCGGGCAAACCAAACUCCACGAAUGCGAACAUAUACUAAGGUUCAAAAGCGUGGCUCUGUCGGAAGAUGUAUUGACGUCACGCGUUACAAAGGGUAUGAUGAACUCCGGUAUGAUUUGGCAAGAAUGUUUGGGAUUGAAGGGCAACUAGAAGAUCCUCAAAGGACUGACUGGAAAUUAGUAUAUGUAGAUCAUGAAAAUGACAUUCUUCUUGUUGGUGAUGACCCUUGGGAGGAAUUUGUAAGCUGUGUUCAAAGUAUAAAGAUAUUGUCAUCUGCUGAGGUGCAGCAAAUGAGCUUGGAUGGUGAUUUAGGUAAUGUUACAAUCCCAAAUCAAGCAUCAAGUGGGGCAGAUAGUGGCAAUGCAUGGAGGGGACAGUAUGAUGAUAACUCUGCAGCCUCAUUCAAUAGGUGA